ACAAAGGCUGGGGAUGAAAAUAAAGCCCCACCUGGUACUUCUGUUUGCUAAAAUAAUAAGAAAUAGAUUUUGUCUGAUAAAUAAUUACAACAGAUUGUAAAGUGCAGCAGUUGAAGAAGUAUCAAUCAAGGGCAGGUAUCACCUGCUCUUCAUUUAUUGUUAAAUAUUGUUAAAUCGUGUUCUUAGCGAUAUCUAGGAUGUCCACAGCAGCAGGUCGCCUGUGUUUGCCCAUACUUUGCAUAACAAGCAAGAUAUUACUCGACACUGAUAAAAAUCGGGGGACAAAUCUGACAGUCCCAAACCCACACCUGUCCCUCGAUAUCCCAAUAUGGAUUUGGCAUCAAAAGUUAUUUGUAAAGCGGUAAUAUGUGGUUUACUUUGGAUAAUUUCAUGGCCUUUACAACAGCACCUAUCUCCUUGGCUUAUUUGUCCACUUUAUUGAAGCAUAUGGUUAUCAGAUACCCUACAAAAUACAUAUUUAGUUAGACUGCCGAUGGGUGCCUUUGUGGACACUUAGGGACCAUGGUAAACAUUUUUCGCCCAUAGCAGUGCUCUUAGUCUCUCCAAUAAAUGAAGAUUUAUCAAGACUUGGGGCCAAGUGUAAACUCGUGCUACCCGACCACGUUGAAAGUUCUUUAGUUCGAAACUGUGAUCAUACAUUUGAUGCGCACUUGAUCUUCUUAAUAACUGACUCCAUUUGGAGACUCCAUUGCGCACGCAUUUUAUUUUCUAUGCAUAAUUUUCAAUACACAAUAUUCUGUGUUUUUAUUGCGUUAGGGACAGUGACAUGAACUGGCACUGCCCAUAUACACAAGUUCUUACACAUUUUUCUUUAAUGAAAAAAAUAAUAAUUUUCAGCCUUUGUGCCAACACACAUUUUACGCACAGAAAUAUCCUAAAGGUAUACACCGGCAAUGACAAUGAAAAGGAAUAAAGUCUAUUUUUCAGCUUUGAGAAAAUAUAAUUUAUUGUAAAGGAAUAUACAGAUGCUACUAAAAAUCCUGAAAACCUUUGUAAACAAGUUAUGUGAAUAAUACAUACAUGGCCAGUAUGUUAAACAUUGAGAACACUGAGUCAUCCGUUGCGCUCCAUAAUUAAGAAUAUGCAUGUUCACGUUCAAUUACUUUUUACUACUCGUAGCGCCUGAUGCUUGAAGAAAAAAUAUGCAUUUUUCAUUAAUAAAUCAUGAUGAAUAUGGAAAAAAAUAUCCUCUUAAUUAACCAUUUUCGUGUUGAAAUUAACCUAUAUUAAUUGUACUUUGCUGGCGACAAAAAAACUACAGCCUAUAGAAAUGUGAACUGACAUUGUUUCCUCCUGGCUGGUAAUUGAAUCGUUGAAACCUGAAAGUAAAUUUUAGAAAGUGUUCUCUCAGUUCUGAUUGGACACUUGACCAAAUUUGUUUGUCCUAGAGCGCAGAUAGGAUAAAGGGACAUAAAUGACGAAGGGGCGCAUCACCCUCUAUUGUCUCUUUGAUUUAUAUAUUGAGGGAAUGAACACGGUGCUGUAGACCAGCACUCUCAAGGAACCUCGGUUUCACUGAGCCAGGCUGCAGAAGGCCUACAGAAUGACCCCCAAAUCCACGUGCGCUUCAGUAGGAAGAAAUGGGACCUUUAAAUCUAACUGGAGUUCAACGUUAGAUCUCACACCAGGAUCCCUAAACAUCACCACAGACCAACAAGUCAACCUCAGAGAAUUUGAGCCUGGUAACUUAGACUCGUCGACUGAAGAAUGCUCUUCUACGUUUAGUGAUGACAACACAAGUAAGAAAAGCCCGAAGAAAAUGAUGCCAGGUAAAUCACCAAGCAAACAACGUGGCAAUCGCAGAGUGAAGGCAAACGACAGAGAAAGGCAUCGCAUGCAUAAGCUGAACUCCGCGCUGGAUACACUGAGAAGCGUGCUUCCAACUUUUCCUGAUGACGCGAAACUGACCAAAAUCGAGACUUUGAGAUUCGCUCACAAUUACAUUUGGGCAUUGGCAGAAACACUGAGAAUUGUAGACCACGUUCGACACAUUUCAAAUCAUGUUAGAGAUCAGGAGAACCUCACGGUGUCAGGUGUGUGCUUGGAUAUGCGUUACAGCGCGUCGGGUGCUUGCAUGUCCAAUUGGCCCUCCGCAAACUCAUCAACAAACUGGCAAGAAACACAAUACCACUGUACUGAUUUGUUUCUGGAAAAAUUUAACUGCAAUUUUCAGGAAAAUUUGACAUUUCGUCUGGCUGGGGAAAGCGUUAUCUGCGAGUAACAAACUGAUUUUUCUCGCAAAGCAGAAUUGGCGAAUUUCGGACAGAGACAGAGGUCUUAAAUAGACAAAUGUUAGCUUAUUGUCUGUGCCUAUAAGUAAACACAGCAUUUGGAUUUAAUCAUUUUAAUAUCCCAAAUGUAUUUAAUAUUAUAAUAUUAUAUAGUAUUUAAUAUUAGUUGAUUUUCCAACUUUUUAAAUCUUGUUGACAAUGAUUGACAAUAAUGUUUUUUAUUUUAUUUUAUUUUUUGCAUAGGUAGCCUUUUCAUGUAAGUUUUUGAGGCAUGUUUGUCAUAUUCACGUUCAGCAGUGGUGCUGAAAUUGGACGCAUAUUCUAGAUUUCUGAUGUAAAAUAUCCUCAAAUAGGCCAUACUGUUCCGAUAAAGGGCUGUGGAGAGGAUAUCACCCGAAACACAGAUCAUGCAGUGUCCAGAGUCCUGCAUUUAAGCUUUUUGAGUCAGGUCAGGCAUUCCGCAAAAACAAUUCAUUUGGAUGUUUAGCAAUUUUCAUAAAAUACCCACCUCUUCUGACACUACUACAUUAUACUAAUAAGUUCCCUUAAUUGUAUUGUAUUAAUCUGCCAAUAUUUAUUUAUUUAUUUAUUUUUGCCGAAACUACUGCCUUGGUCAUUUUUGUAACUGAUAGCUAUGGGAACUGAUUAUAAAAACACGUUGAUGAAAAUGGGGAAUAGUCACGCCCAUUGACGGCUCUCUGCUCACAUAGAAUUUUGUUUAUUCUCUUAUGUAUGCUAUUUAUUUGUAUAGACUUAUUUUUACCCCCUGGCUGUUAGUGUUUGUACUGUUGA